CUACCUUCAAUAAAUGUACUGUCUGAUCCACAAACAUGUGUCUGGUGUUUUCUAACCUUGUAUUCAUUUGAUUAUUUUUUACCCCACUUUCGAAAUCCACAGUUUAUAUAUUGUCCCCCAUUGCCAGGCUCUAGCUCCUUGCUCAAACCUGUCAAACAUUAGCAAUCCCUAUAAACCCCACCUACCAUUCCUAGUGCCACUGCCAUUAGCCCAAAAAGGAAAGGACCAAAAGAAAAGGGGAAAAAUGAACGGGUAUUCCAAGAUGAAAGCUGUUGGCAAUGGAAGUUCAAGAUCCAUGGACUCUUCAGAUCUCAUGCCACUGCCUCAAACCCCAAAACCCAUUUCUAGUAUCACCCCAAACCACACGGAGAAGAACCAAGAAAUCAACCAGGUGGUCAUCAAGAACUCAAACCCCAUCACCACCCAACAAGAUUCAUCAGAGCAAGAAGAUGAGCAAGAAGGCAAUAAUGAGGAGAUGUUCGGUCCCAAAUUGAGAAGAAACAGCUCUGUGUCUUCUUCUUAUGCACUCCAAGCUGCUGUGAAGAGAGCAUUCUCCAUGAGAAGAUCUUCUUCUGUCUCCGAAAGGUACUGCAGGAUCCACGACCAGUCUGUGACUUUAGCCUCACCCUUUGAUGAUGAAGAAUUGGACACAACUGGAACAAGAAGAUCCGCAAAGAAGAAGAAGAACAGCAGAGGCAAGAUCCUUAAAGCAUGGAAGAAACUUUUUGGACUGUAGUGUCUUUUAUCUACUACUAUAUUUUACUUAGUUCUUCGAAUCUGCUUUGCUCUUUUUCUCACAGAGAAUCAGCCACCCAGAAGCUCUGCUGUCUUGUUAAACUCCUCCAUUGUUGGAUGCUUUUAUCUUUUCUUUGUUUCUCCUCACUUCCAUUAUAAGGCUACAAUCUUCCUUUAUUGCCA